UCCCGCACCCGCGGCGGCGGCUGCAAACUUGCUGCGGCGGGCUGCGUGUGAAGGCACGGCCCGGCGGGGCGGCUCCGCUGCCCCCGCAGCCCCCGCCGUCGCGCCCGCAGCCCGGGGGGCGAGGCUGCCGCCCGCGGGCAUGCGGCGCUGCCACCGCGCCCGUCGAGACACGGUGUGGAGCCGCGGACGGCGGGGCUGCGCUUAGGGGCGGCCGGGGCGGGAGCCCCAUGUCCGGGGCUCGCCGCGCUCCGCGGGCAGGCGGCGGGGCGAUGAGCUGCCGGGACGAGCGGGCGCGCCUGGCCCCCGGUUUGCCCGGCUCCCUCGCCCGUGGGGAGUGAGGCUCCGCGGAGCCCGCUCGGAGCUCCCGGAAGGGCGGGCAGGCGGGCGGGGAGGUGGUGCCGGCGCGGGGAUGCUGCAGCCCUCCCCCGGCGCCGACGGGGUCCUGCCGGGGUAGCGGCCCCGCCGUGCCGCGCCGAGCCCCGCCGUCUGCGGGGGCGGCGGCCGCGGAGGGAUGGAGCCGGCCGGCCCCUGCCGGGCGCAGUUGGGCUCCGCCAACGACUCUUACCGAAACUGUAGCGCCGAGGAAGUGGUUUACCAAGAUGCCACCCCUCUCUCCGGGAAGAUCGUGCUCGCCGUCGUCCUGGCGCUGGUCACCCUGGCCACGGUGCUUUCCAACGCCUUUGUCAUCGCCACGGUCUACCAGACGAGGAAACUCCACACGCCGGCCAACUAUCUGAUCGCCUCGUUGGCCGUCACGGACCUCCUCGUCUCCAUCCUUGUCAUGCCCAUCAGCACCAUGUACACUGUGACCGGCAGGUGGACGCUGGGUCAGAUCGUCUGCGAUAUCUGGCUGUCCUCGGACAUCACCUGUUGCACGGCGUCCAUCCUGCACCUCUGUGUCAUCGCCCUGGACCGCUACUGGGCGAUCACCGACGCCGUCGAGUACUCCACGAAACGGACUCCCAAGCGGGCAGCGGGCAUGAUCGCACUGGUAUGGAUCUUCUCCAUCUGCAUCUCCAUACCCCCUUUGUUUUGGCGGCAGGCGAAGGUCGAGGAAGUAUCUAACUGUGUGGUGAACACGGACCACGUCCUGUACACCGUGUACUCCACAGUAGGAGCCUUCUACUUCCCCACUCUGCUGCUCAUAGCCCUGUACGGGAGGAUCUACGUGGAAGCCAGGUCGCGGAUUUUGAAGCAGACGCCAAAGAAAGCAGGUAAAAGACUAACGCGGGCACAGUUAAUUACAGACUCCCCGGGGUCGACCUCUUCCGUCACGUCCAUAAACUCCAAGGCUCCCGAGGGAUCCAGCGAAACGGGCUCCCCCGUGUACAUGAACCAGGUGAAGGUGAAGGUCUCGGACGCCCUGCUGGAGAAAAAGAAGCUGACGGCCGCUAGAGAGCGGAAAGCUACAAAGACUUUAGGGAUUAUUUUAGGAGCCUUCAUCGUGUGUUGGCUGCCCUUUUUCAUCAUCAGCUUGGUGAUGCCUAUUUGCAAGGACGCUUGCUGGUUCCACAUGGCCAUCUUUGACUUUUUCACGUGGCUUGGAUAUCUCAACUCCCUCAUCAACCCCGUCAUCUAUACUAUGUCUAACGAAGACUUCAAACAAGCUUUCCACAAACUCAUACGUUUCCGAUGCACAGGCUGAAAUGUUGAAUGCGAUGUGCUCCCCGGGGCAGCCCCCAUGCACGCCCGCGCCCGGCGCCACAGAAUCAAGUUGCUAUUGUAAAGACCCACUGCUUGAAACUUCCCCAAGCCCAGUUGCCAGACUCAUGAUGCUGCAAAAACGUCAAUACAUUCUGCCACCAAACUGCUCAGCUCUGCGUUUCAGUGUAAUGACUCUGGCAGAGAUGCUGUUCCAAUAGGCACGCAGAUCAGUUGCACAAAAAAAAAAAAAAAAAAAAAGAGGGCAGCCUCGAAUCAAGGU